UCGUAGCACGUAGUCCUCGUAGCGUCAGUGCCGCGGAGGCGAGCGCACCGACCGGCCGCUACGACGCUACGCGCGGCUACGCAAUGUUGUGGUUAUCCGUUACGCUUUUGGCGCUUUUUGCUUCGGUCCAAGGACGAGCGGUGAACAUCAGCAACACGUGGGUGCUGCCAGAGGAGGGGUUCCCGGUGUUCUACCGCUACUUCAGGGACCGCAUCUCGUGGUACGAGGCCGACGCCGUCUGCCAGUUCCACCAUGCCAACCUCGUCACAGUGGAUACAACAGCGCAGUACGACGCUGUGCGGGCUUAUCUCAAGGAGCUGGACAUCUCCAGCGCCGUCUGGGUCGGCCUUAUUCGCAGUAAUCCCGAUGGAGACUUCACUUGGACGGACUACCGCGGCUUAAGCGGAGAAGGGUACUGGAGCUCAGCCCCGGACGCUCGCUCCGCCCCGCUGUGUGCGGCCGCAGACCCGGCCGCCGACUACCGCUGGGAGGCUCGAGCCUGCGGCGGGCCUACUGUAGCCUCCUUCAUAUGUGAACUACCUGUGCCUCAAUGGGCGCUCGGCAAGGACGGUUGCAUGGUGCGCGCGCUGCCGGCGCUGACUGCACUGUACCUGCCAGAAAGUGCAGCCGUGCAACUCACCGCCGACUGCGGGCUGGCCGGCGUAAAGCGAGUUCAAUGUACUGGCAAUGUGAAACGCGAAGAGCUGCUAAAAGAGCUAUCCUGUAACGAAGAAGAUGAACUCUCGAGUACUCCGAGCCUGACAUCAACCAGCACAAUAUGGCCGGCUACUGACACUACAUUCACUGAUCAGGAAGUAACUACAGAAGAACUAUCUACGUUUGAAAAUGUUGCUACCGAAGAAAAGGAGAUAAGUAGUUCGCCGCCACAUAUUACUGAAACGUCUACUUCGUUCAGUUUACAUUCAGAACCAGAAAAUUCCACACCAACAAAAUUGAGUUUAAACAUCCAAAAUUACGUUAGAAUUCCUCUAGAUAAAGAAUUCAAUCUAGAACCUAUUCAUAGUAAUGAUAUUCCACAACCUGAACACCAAGAAACGAUUGGUAAGGAUCAUCUUAAAAACAUCGAGAAUAACAAGAGUUAUCAACAUCGGCUCUUACACGAUGAGAUGACUCGACUAGGUAAUUCAGAAACUAUAUUUACGCAGCCCACUGAUCAUUUUGUACCACCGCUUGUCAUGGCAAAAGCAAGAAUCAGCGAUGAUAUGACUGUUUUAUCUCUAGAAGAAAAGCAUGCCCAACAAAUAGCUGAACACCAGCGCCUCUAUAACCAUAAUAAGUUAGUGGAGCAUAUCAGUGUCACACCAUCUCCAGACACUACCCCUAUUGCAACAUCAAGUACUCUAGCCCCAACGAACGUUAUAAAAGAACAAAUAUCAACAGAUACACCAGUACUUAUAGGCAGUGUUAAAAAAGAAACAAAAUCGAAUGUUCCUAAGAAAUAUUCAGAAAAAUAUGAUAGUCUAAAGGCAAAAACAUACAAACUACAAAAAGCUGUAAAGCUUGAUACUCUUUCUACAUUGCAACCACCAAGCUCAGAAAAAGAGAUUGAAACAGGAAUCACCAAAUCACAACUAGAUUUACACUCUUCUUCAGAAGAGAAUCCGAGUAUUGAUCUCACUGUGAUUAUAAACGAGCAGGGUGCCGGGAAUGGUCAACAAAUAUUUUAUUCUAACCACACUAAUACUUUAACAAGAAGUGAGCAAGUAACCAGUUUGACAAAUUCAAGUACAAAACAACCUGCAGUAGAAUCCUCAACAACAGAAAUGCCUAUUUUAACAACAAAUCCCGUUACUCAACAUAACUCACAAGAAUCCUCAGCUGUUACGCUCAAUCACGAAAUAAUUAAAAUAACAAUAAUCAAUGAUAGUACGAGCACUGAAAAUUCAUCUCCGAUUGUAUUUGAAGUUUCAACUUUAGUACCACUCUUCAAUCUUUCAAAUUUUUUGCCUUCCUCGACAAUAUCUGGUAGCAAUAAUACUAUGUCUCCAACUGUUAACAAUAACUCUGUAACAUCUACCACUGUCGUAGCUACAAGUAGUUCCAGCAGUACAACACAAUCUUCCGUAGAAAAUAAUUCAGACAGACAUUCUACCUCAGAGUCAACUACUACUAUUCACAUGGCUACCAACAGGGAUAAAAAUGUUUCUUCGACCGAAGUGCCAGUCACAUCACCAGAAAUAAUAACAGAAGCCGCUACUUUAGCCACAACCACGUUAUUAGUAAAUGUGAAUGCCACCGAAAAGGUUACCAAAGAUGCUGCUACGACUACGAAAAUAGAAGAUUCGACACCAGCACAAACUGAGAUAUUUAACCACACUGAUAAUUUUGAAGAAGAUCACGAGAACGAAGAUCAUGAUAGAGAAAUGAUAGAUGAUUAUCAAUCACCGUUACUUUCUGCUGCCAACGAGCCACUGCAUCGACCGCGGUCCCGGAGACCCAUGCCUAACCCGAACCGGAUGAAAAAAUUUAAUCCAUUCCGCAUAUUAGGUUAGGUUAGUCACCAGAUGAUAUGAGUUAGGCACCAAGGCACAAGAUGUAAUUCUACUGGGGGUGAAUGACGACUGAUGAAAUAUACACUCUGCAUUUCAUUCAUAUAAUUAAUAUCCCAUAACUGUCACAUGAGAGUGAUAUGGUGUACUUAAUUUAAAGAAUGAUAUGUUAAAUGUGCGAAUAGUCAUUGCCGUUAUAUGUUAUAUAUACAUAUUUUAAUAGGUAUACACAGUAUACCAAGUUUACAUGCACGAAUUGUUAAAUAUGUACUUAAUUAUGUGGUUUUUUCAUAUCUAUAGAUUAACUGAUUCAUUCCGUUCUGUUAUAUCAAUCAAUAAUGAAAACUAUUUAAACAUCAAUCCUAUUAUUAAAGAAAAAAUUACGUUGGUUAUUUUGCUAGGUGUACCUUACAGGAAAUGAUGAUUAGGAUAGGAUAGUUCGUUAUCUUGUAUUCGUUAUAAACUUCGAACAAUUUUUAGUCGAAGGUAUUUGUCAAUUCUAUUGGUUUUAAAUAUAGCAUAGCUAUCAUUUUUAUAAUUACAUAUAACCAUAGCGAUCGGUCAUAGUACUUGAAUUCAUUUAAAAGUACCUACGUAUCACACACAAUUUUGAGAUUGCCAAAAUACACACACACCCUUAAUAUUAGUAUCUACCGUACAUAGAACUUUAGAUAGUGAGCAGGAUUAUUUUAAUAGAAGAACUAUAAAAUAAGUGUAAUACAAUUAAGUAUAGCGAGCGGUGAUCAUGUUCAUGUUAUGGUAGAACUCACAAUCAUAUCAUGUAGGUUAAGAAUCUAUGUGUUUGAUGAAAUUAUUUUUAUGUAAAACUUUUUGGGGUUAUAGAUGUGCACAAGUGAAUUAAUUUAUGAACAAGGAGGCUGAAAGAAGGUAUGAGGGGCUUGGGCGACCUUUGCGGCGGGGGCUUUAUGUGGCUUAAAUUACUCUAUGGAGUCGAAUAUAUUCAUAGAUAUUUGAACUCCGAAGCUUAAUUGGAGUUACGCGCCGCGAGGGCUCUUUAUUUAGCAGAUGAUACUAUACUUAACAAUGAAUGUUAUCUUUUGUGUUCAGAUCUAUUUGUCAUGUAUGUAGUAAUUUUAGACUAUUAAAAUUUUACAAUAAAUAUUAAAAA